GAAAACAGCCGACGCCGACUCCCACCAGUGCGGCAACUCGGAGUCGCAGCCGGGAUCGAGGGUGGAGUUCCGGGUAUGAAUAUAGUCUGAGCAUCAUUGAUUUAUCAGGAUGGAGGCUUAUAGUGCGAAUCACCCAUACUACCCACAGGAUGUGGAGAUAGCGAAGUAUUCGCCAAACGUGAGCCCUCUCGCUGUUCUGCUCGGGUGGUUUGGCAGCAUCAUCGCGAUCAUAUUGGGCGCUAGCCUGGUCCUGGCAAGAAGGAUACGCCCAAGGAUACAGGUCUUCGAGCAAUUGACACUCUGCUGGUUCGUUCUAUGCGGAUUCCUCCACUGCUUUUUUGAAGGGUAUUUCGUCUUGAAUCAUGCAGAGUUGCCCGGGUCCCAAAGCCUCUUUGCCCAGCUCUGGAAGGAAUAUGCACUCUCCGACUCGAGGUACAUCACCUCGGAUCCCUUCAUGCUCUGCAUCGAGGGAAUCACUGUGUUUAUUUGGGGCCCUCUCUGCAUAGCUAUCGCGGUGUGUCUCGUUCGCGGAAACGACCUGAGAUACCCGCUCCAGAUCGUCAUGUGCGUCGGUCACUUGUACGGAGUCGCCUUGUACUACGGGACCUGCUAUUUCGAAUAUCACUAUCAUGGUAAUUCACACAGCAGACCCGAGUUUCUCUACUACUGGGUCUACUACGCUAGCUUCAACUUCCCAUGGGUCGUAGUCCCAUCUUUGUUGCUCGUCCAAGGAAUCAGGACGACCUGGGACAUUUUCAGGGCGUUCGAGGACGUACGUUCAGUGCUGCUGCGCCUCGGGGACCUCCAUGGAACAGAGCCUAAGAAGGAGAGGUGAUACGGAAUUGGUGUUAGGAUGGAGAUAAUAUCUGGUAACCUACACUUAUGAAAUCGCCAGGUCAGAUGGCCACAAGUUGCAUUUCGUCUUUUGUUUUCCUCCCACAUUGUCUGAGGCUCCCCUCAAUGAUCAUGUCAUUGAUCAGGAGCAGGGGAAUGGGAUUAUGUAAUGCCUGGGAAUGUGGCCUGUGCCCCACAGGCAGUCGUCAUGCGUAGGUAAGCAUAGUACGUAACUUGCCUAGCAACCCGCAGUUGAGCUUCCCAUCGCACCUUG